CCGCGGUCACGUGACGUAGUGAAGGAGCGGCGGAGUGAAGCGGCGGGAUGGAGGCCGCGCUCUUCAUCUUCUCUCUCAUUGAUUGCUGCGCCCUCAUCUUCCUCUCCGUCUACUUCGUAUCCUUUACCGGCUGAUCCCCCCGGGGAGCCCCCUCUCCUCCCCCAUGUCAUCCCAUGGGAUUAUCUCUGGCCCCUGUGGACAAAUGCCAGAUCCCCCUUUGGGAGAUUCCCUGAGCUGAGGGACAGUCUGACAUUGGUCACCCCAGGGUUGCAGGUGGUUUAAUGUUAGAGUGCAAGCUCCUGGGGUGAGAGUGCCAGCCCCUGGGGGUGAGAGUGCCAGCCCCUGGGGGUGAGAGUGCCAGCCCCUGGGGGUGAGAGUGCCAGCCCCUGGGGGUGAGAGUGCCAGCCCUAACCCCAGCCUGUAAGAUAUUUGUGUUAUCUGUGCCAUAUGACUUGCUCAUAGUCCUUUUCCAUCCUAGAUCACUAUGUUACAUUGUUACCAACCCUGAUCUAGUGUUAUACAGGGCACAGGCAGGUUACAUCUAACACAGAGAGGACUAAUCCUCACAUCAUAAGCUGUUUGAUUUACCUUUCACACACUGUUAGGUGAGAUCACGUUCUAUGGCAUGUUAUUCCCUGUAGGGAAAUAUUGAGGAUUUUAUAAUUUGCAGCUUUAACUUUGAGAACCCCCCCCCCCACACACACCCAAAUAUAUCCCUGGAUACCCCUAGAUCCCUAAUCCUGGACCCCAAUAAGAAAUAUUUCAAUCUUAUGCCCAAACUUGACCUUUAACUCAAGUAAGUCCAGUCAGGUAAGGCAUUCUUCCUAGAUUAAGUGUAAACCCAUAGACCAAUCCGAUAACUGACCGCUCUCUCCCUGUGAAUAAUCCUUCUCUAAGCAUUUAACCAGGAGAGAUACAUGUGGCUAAUCAACAGCUUUCUGAAUUUCCUGGUGUCUAAAUGUUACAAUGUCACCAUUGAUUAUGUGUUCUUGUAUUAUUUAAUGCAAUAAAGAUCCCCAGACUUUGUACCUUGUUCUUUGUUGGCUGUUGAAUGGAAUCUUCUCCUUAUCUUGAGUUCUAGAUAAUAACAUUGUCAGAUUUAGAAUGUGACUACAUCAAUGCCCGGUCAUGUUGCUCCAAACUAAACAAGGUACAGUGGCUUUCUUUCUCCUUUUUGAUUUGUUAAAUGUGAUUUUUAUUUGGGUGCAGGCAAUACCAAUAUUCUAUGCGAGUUUUUGUAAUCGUGUACUUUAUCCAGACUGAAAAAUAUGUGCGCAAAGCAAGUGUAGGGAGGGACACCAAAUUGUAGGGAAUUAAAACGAAAUCUAAAAAUUUAGGCGGAAUUUCUGGAACUUGGAAUCUGGUUUUCAAUUUGUUGCGUAGUGAGUAAACCCUUAGAUGUCUCUAUUCUGUUCCGUUUCUAGUUAUUUGAAAUGGUUAUGGUGCCUGGAGUGUGUGUAUGCAGCGGUUCAUUAUGAAAAGCUGCACAUUCGCAAUUUAAUCCCUCUGGCAGCGUUAUUGGGGGGGGCAUCAUCCAACCUUGAGUUCCUGGCUGGCUAAUGUAAAUUCUGUACGACUUACGUGGCAAUGGCCGAAAGUGCGUCACCAGAACACCAGAAUUGAAACCCAGCAGGGAACCCAGUAAGAGAGCAAACGUUUGCAGAAGAAACUGGAUCAGGGUACUCCUGGGUCUGUAGUGAUUAUAAUGCUUGGCGUGACCACUUAAAGCAGGCUUCCCCAAACUCCGGCCCUCCAGAUGUUGCUGAACUACAACUCCCAUGAUUCCAUGAAUGAAAUAGGUAGGCUGAGAAUCAUGGGAGUUGUAGUUCAGCAACAUCUGCAGGGCCGGAGUCUGGGGAAGCCUGAUUUAAAGCAGCAAUAAAAAUGUGAUUUUUGUUUCACUGCCUAUUUUUACUUUAUCGUGAUGAUUCCAAACUAGUCCUUAUGUAGCCCUUACUAGAUUUGUCAGAUCAGCAGUGGAAUUCAGGACACACAAAAAAAUCAAUCAGGAUUGCAUUUCAAUUCAUAAUCUUGUUUCUUAUAGAAAUCGCUAAAUUAAUAUCAUGAUCGAUUUAACCCUUUCUUUGGCUCAUAAUGUAGCAAUUCCUCAAUUCUACUGAUAUAGAGAUAUUAUAUAAAUAAGACCUUGGGAAACUGUGGCUGCAUGGAUUGAUUUUCGGGAAAUUGACUGGUCUUCUUUAUUUCACAUGUUCAGCUAUGACAGAGCUUACAACCCAAUCUUCAAUGUGUAGCCAACCACAUCAUGUUUUUGGUAUCUAAUGUAAUGGACCCAUAUAAGGACGUGUGAUUCUGACUCUUGCAUGCAUCUUGUGGUCCUGUUUCCCAAACCCCUAGGAUGUUGGGCACAGCUUCCACACUGAGCUGAAAACCUCUACAAAACAUUCUGAUUGUUCUUAUUGUGAAUACUUUGCUCUCCCGGCAGUGGGUGCGCCCAGAGCUGAUAUGCCAUACGCUGGUGACCGUUUUGAUGCUUGUAUCGUUACAUUGGAUCAUCUUUAUCUUGAAUUUACCGGUAGCCACAUGGAAUAUUUAUCGGUGAGUAAAAGUGGAUGAGCUGUUCCAUUACAUUGAGGGUUUUUGAAUCUAAUCUUAAAUUAUUAUUUAUUUAUUUUUCUUUUGAAACAUGGAUUACAAAAGAUAGAUCCACUUUGCUUUAGACCUACUUCCUUUUAUGGUUCUACAACUAAUAAAGGUCUAUCUUUUGGCCCUUGUAUGUUCUAAAAUAAUCGCGUUUUGUCACCAGACAUUGUGAAUAAAACUGGCAAUGAAAGUCCUACUUUAGAAAAUUAACACCGAAUGCUAAAUAGAGCCUUUUAUGGAUAACACUGAAUUGUAGUGAGAUGAAAUCUUAAUAUUUGUAUUCACAGCUUGUAGUCACAGUUUUAGACUAAAAUUUACAAUUCUGUUUUUGAAUCCCAAAAACUUGGGGUUUGUGUUUCUGGAGUAGUCACACGUUUUACAUUGUACAAACAAAAUCUGCGUCUGUCCCAAAACACAACACCACAUUACAAAGUGCAUUUUUUUAAAUCAAACUUUAUUUAGCAAGUUUUUAAAAAUAAUAAAUAGUGAGACGUCAGAGAGGAUUCCCAUGCAGGUUAUAGAAUAAGACUGUGAAAAAAUACGUCAGAGUACAAUACAGACAUUGGGAUCAAAAGCACAAGGACACAUUGAAUUAACACAAUAGUACAAAUGAUGCGUGAUUGGUCAAAAUCCCUGAGGUGUACAUAAACCCUCUUGGAUACCGCAAAUAAAGAGAAUAAGCAGAACUAUGAGGGAACUCCAAACCACAGGGAAAAAGUGGGUAAAAAAAUAAUUGAUGGCUUAGCUGAAAGAGGGAAAGAAAGAUAUGAAUAUAGGAGUCGAGGGACAGAGAGUGGGAAAACAACCUCCACGCAGCUCCAACUCCAGGCUCCUAACUUAAAUAUUCGAACCAUGGGAACCAAGUAGACCGAUACAUAGAAUGUGACUGCAGAUAAGAACCAUUCGGCCCAUCUAGUCUGCCCAAUUUUCUAAAUACUUUCAUUAGUCCCUGGCCUUAUCUUAUAGUUAGGAUAGCCUUAUGCCUAUCCCACGCAUGCUUAAACUCCUUUACUGUGUUAAGCUCUACCACUUCAGCUGGAAGGCUAUUCCAUGCAUCCACUACCCUCUCAGUAAUGUAAUACUUCCUGAUAUUAUUUUCAAACCUUUGUCCCUCUAAUUUAAGACUAUGUCCUCUUGUUGUGGUAGUUUUUCUUCUUUAUAUAUUGAAAUGUUUCUAUCAUAUCCCCCCUGUCUCGUCUUUCCUCCAAGCUAUACAUGUUAAGAUCCUUUAACCUUUCCUGGUAAGUUUUAUCCCGCAAUCCAUGAACCAGUUUAUGUGUGUAUCACCCUUCUCUGAACCCUCUCUAAAGUAUCAAUAUCCUUCUGGAGAUACGGUCUCCAGUACUGCGUACAAUACGUACAUUACUGUACCCGUCUCUAGUAAUGGGAUGCUUUAAUUUCCUCAACUUUUACAACCCAUUGGUGAAACAACAGAGGGAGAGUGCUCUUUCACCAGGAUCAAGGUUAGCGGUGUUAGUAAGGAUUUUUUUGUAACUAGAUGUGGUCAGUUUGAUGUAAUGGAUUCAAAAUGUCGCAGGUCGGGAAGAGGACGCUGAAGUAGGUGAGACGACAGUAUGCUUCGAAAACUGCGCAAUCUCAGAGCACUCCCUGCAUGUAUGCAGUACGAAGUGCAUUUUCUAAAACUGAUUGCUUUUUCCCCUCUGCUUAAUGAUCUGUGGAAGAAUAAAUUAAUAGGACUGUAACUUCUUUUUAAGAAAUGAUAAUGUAUUAAAAAGGUAGCUUAAAAUGUAACUAUAUUGUUGUGAAUGACAAAUCUCCUUCCAUUUAGGUAAAUUCUUGAUAUCUAAGUUUUGAGGGCAAAAUAACCGCCAAGUGUUUAGAUAUAAAUAUAUACUAAACGGCAGAUCUCCUCCCCCAAGCCUUCCCAUCCCUGUUCUGCAUUACACAAUUCAUAGAAUGAGGUUAUUGCUGUGUUAUCUGUAAACAAGGAAGUGGUUCCUGCAGCGCACCUUUCUAGCUAUGCCUUUUAAAGUGACUGCAAGAUGUGUUUUUUGUUUAUAUAAAAAUGUUUGUGUAAAAGUUUUGAAACUUGCAUUAUUCAUUUCUAUUCUCUUUAAAAGUCUGUAUUUUAUAACCAGCUCCCAGAUAGAGCUCUCACGAUUCCAAAAUGCCUUUCACAACAAAGCUCAAUAUGUACAUUGAAUCAAUGUCAUUAGUUUCCCUUGAAGUGGUCUGGGUGCAAUGUCCCAUGUCCCUUAACCCUCCAGUGGUAAUUAUUGCAGUUUCUAAGAAACUGCAGUCCUUACCUCUGAGGGUUGACUCCUCCUCUAGUGGCUGUUUAGAGGGACUUCCAGAAUUGAAAUGGACCUUUACAUGAGGACCUCCAGCAUCAGAUUUUCCCCAUAGGAAGCCUUGAAUAAUGCUUUCAUAUGUGGAAAUCCUAAUGCAUGCGUGGCCAUUGCCGCGCUUGCCCAUUAGGUUUCCGCCGCGGGCGGAAGUCAGCAGGGGAGGAGCGUGGUUGGAGCCUGACUCAACGCCAAGGGACAUCAGUGCUGGAUUCAGGUAAGUGACUAAAGGUGUGUUAAACCAUUCAGCCAUGUGGGAAGGGGGAGGGGGGGCACUGCAGGAUUCUAGUGUCAGGAAAACAGCUUUGCUUUCCUGGCACUAUAGUAUCCCUUUAACUUCCACGUUCCUUUUAUUCCACACAGAUCAAUCUGAAACCAUGCUGCUUUGUGAAUGUGUAUCUAACCAUGGCUGGUUAAUUAACUGGAAGAUUGUCAAUCAAGAAGCAACUUCGUAACAGAUUCCUCUAUUCUAAGUCUCUAAAAGUGACACUCUAGACCUUUAAAGCUUCAGUGUGUGGGGCUAUUGUGUGGUGUUGGGCCUGUGGGGUAGGAGAACAAAUUAAUAUAUAUAAUAAAAAUGAUGUCCUCCCUUGCCUACCAUUUCUUGCAAGCCCUGGUGGUACCUCAAGAGCUGCUAGAGUUGACUAUCGCGAGAUUGGAGAAUUGCCGUGGUAACUCCGGUAACGCUCUGAGCUUGUGAGAGGGGAACCCGGCGGAGCUGCAGGUUAGAGCUCCCCGGGUCCCCUCUCUCACACUCUGCCGGCUGUCACCAAAGUGCUAGCAGGCCGGAGAGGGAGAUCUCUCAUCCUAGCACCGGGAAAAUAACUUGCAGUACCCCAGGGAUGAAGUUAAUUAAAUACUAAACAGGGACUUUUAUUUAUUUUGAAUUUGGGCAGUGGAGUGUCCCUUUAAACAAUGUUACUGAUUGUAUUUACACAACACAUGAAUAGAUUAUAUGCGUUCCCAAGGAAACCUUGUACGUUAUAGCUCAGUUUGUGAAGGUGCUAUACUUGUCAGAUUGCGUUUUUUGGAAUGUGUGUAUCACUGUUUGUCCAUACUGUAAGAAAUGCAUAUUGUAUAAUAAUUUGAUGAAUGCAACACUGCCAGCAGUAUAGGAUACCAAUAAAGGGAUUCCUUCCGGGACAUACAAAGUGCUGGGAUUCUUAUUUACUCUCUAUUUAUAGAUUGAUUUUUAUUUUUUCCAACUCGUGACGUUAAUAUUUUUUUUUCUUCCUGUAAGUAAUAGUAACAAUUCCUAUUAAUUAUCAGUUUUCCAGUACAAAGGUGACAAUUGAACUACAACUCUAUAACCCUCAUCCAGCUCUAUAACACUCAGCUGUAUUGUUGGAGCAAAAACAGAGGCUGGGUUUGUAAUUUAUGAGUGAAGGGGCGGACAAAUUGGGCUUUUUAAUUUUUUUUGUUAAAUCUAAAAACACCCGCUCGGCAUUAGUAACUGUUACCCGAUGUGUCCAUUUAAUGUAAAUAACCCAUUAAGUCUUGUUUCUUGAAACGCCAGGUUUAUCAUGGUGCCAAGUGGAAACCUUGGAGUAUUUGAUCCAACAGAGAUUCACAACAGGGGGCAGCUCAAGUCACACAUGAAGGAAGCCAUGAUCAAACUUGGGUUCCAUCUCCUGUGCUUCUUUAUUUACCUAUACAGGUCAGUACUCUUGGAUUUAUGAGCAGGUUAAAUGGUGCUCAUCCAAGCAUACUCCGGCUGUGCUGAUAUUAGUGUAUCUGCUUCUGCUUGGUAUUGGUAACAAUGUUCUAGGGCUAAGCAGAUUUACAGUGCAAAGUUACAAAAUUAAAAAGAACAAACGUGUAUUCAUCAUGUUAGGCAGUUAUAAUUGAAUCUAUGCUGCUUGUGUAGUGAUACUGUCUCGUAUGAUCUCAACAAUUACCACCAUGCAGACACACAUACGGAGUCAUAGAAAGCUGCCUUUUCACUUGCUUGCACAGCACCUGUAGGUGGCAGAUUUGUUGGGUUGUGAACAGGUGUCUAUCAGUCUGUUAGUACUCUUCACUGCUCACAAGUUUAAAAAAAUAAAAGUGGGAGCACAUUCUAUAAAUACUUUUUACUCCCUUUAAAUGUGACAGUAUAGAUAAGUUUUGUGUCCUGCGCAUGUUUCCCAAGAGCUGCUGUAGCCCAGAAUUCUAUGCUGUGGGCAGUGCAACCUGCAAGGUAGAAUCUUCAGUCUAGAGCAGGGUUAGGCAACCUUAGUCACUCCAGAUGUUGUGGACUACAUCCCCCUCAAUGCUCUUACAACCAUAAUGAUGGCAAAGCAUCAUGGGAGCUGUAGUCCAAAACAUCUGGAGUGCCAAAGGUUGACUACACCUGGUCUAGAUUAAAGUUUUCUGGAUUUCUGUCUAGAUCAAUCUGCAGCUGAAAUGUCCCUGUUUAGAAAAUGUCACAGUGUCCGUUUUCUUGCCAGAUUCACUCCAAAAGUGAAAGAAUUCCAUGGCCGGUUAGUGGAAUACCAGCUAAUAUUUCAUAUUAACCUUUAUUCAGUGCUGCUUCUGGUUCAGAAAAUUCUACUACUUGUCUCACUGUGUGAGAGAUUUCACAAGAAGGGAUUUAAAAAUAAAUAAAUGUUCUUUGCUUCCCAGAACCCCAAACCAGAACAGCAGCAGUUGAAAUCCCAUUGGAUAUGUCCUAGUCCUUGAUAUUAAAAACAGAAUAUUAUGGUUUAAAUGGAUCGGACUCUAAUCUUUUAGUAGUUUUCAGAUAGUUCUCUCUGAGAAUCAGAGAUCAAGGGGUAAAAUCUGAGUUGGAUGUGAGUACCCUGAAAUCAAAUCCGUUCUAUAAUUUACCCCGUCAUACUGUAAGGGGGAUAUGUGUGAUAGGACAAAAUUAACACAGAGACACGCAUUGCGUCCUAUUUAACAUAAUCUGACCUCAGAACUACCUUUGUGAAGGCAUCUAUAAUGUAAUCUAGCAUCCUGGUAUACUAACCUGGGACAUAUAAUGUAGCAAUGAUGUACACGGAUUAUAGUAAUUACAUACAUUCCUACACUGGAGAACUACGUGCUGGUUAAUCCAAGAAUCCUCUUUUUGAGGAGGUAGAAUCUCACCUGACACAGCUUUAGAAAUCGCAUGUAGACUUGUAGUUUUGCUUCCCGGCCAGCCGCAGUGUAAUGCAUUAAGUUAUGUGUUUUGAGCACUUGUGCUUUGCUAACCUUGUUAUGUUCACUGUAAAUCUCUUUGAAACCUGCUUUCUAACUAUAUUUCAUUACCACUUCCCACAGCAUGAUUUUGGCCUUAAUAAAUGACUGAAAAUCUGAGAUCGCCAGCCGCUACACAGUCUGGAGCCGAGCGGCCAUGAACAACGUCAAGCAAGACCUUAACUUAGUUACACACAGAGUAUUUUUCUUUUCCUAUUUUCAAAGCGAUAUUUUUGCUGUAUUUUUUAACAAACUAUGUAAACAUUGACAAAAAAAACCAACUCAAAUCUUCCAAUUAUUAAUCAGGUUUCCCGCAAAACAAACUCCAAGAUUCAUGAACUGUUAAAUGGCUAGAUGCCGCCCUGAUCCAGAGACGGCUGGGUACAUGAUUGGACGUGAAUGACCAACUCCUGUGCUCUGGCAAAGUUUCCCUUUAUUAAAAGUCUAGUGAGGCUGUUUUAUUUUAAGAUACUUCCCUGGGUUUCUCUUGGGACCCGAUACGUAGCUACUUUUUAUAAAUUGAAGCUUUGUUAGAGUCUGUAAACUUGUGGUAAAGCACUGUGUUCUACAUUGCACUCAAUAAAAAAAAAAAACCUUUUUUUUUUUUCAAAUGUUCUGGUUUCCUGGUUCACCUUUGCCGAGUUCUUUUUAAGUUCCAAGGAGUAGAGCUUGCCUUUUAUGUUGUACAUAGGUUAAUUGAAAGAUUAAACCUCAGCGUCUUUGCCCCUCGCCCCUUCCCCUGUGAGAGGUGACUAGUUACUUUUCUAGAAAAGCUCAUGUUUAUGGUAAUCCAUUCACUAACCUGCCCUUAAAGGGAUAUUCCAGACCCCUAAGGCACUUUAACUUGCUGAGGCUAGAAAUUGCUCAGAGCACCUGCCUUGCAAAGACUUUAUACGGAGCUGUACUGGGAAGUCUGUGACUGGGGUUAGAAGGGGGAAGGGUCGCAAAGGCUGCAGAACUGCAGGUGUUAAAGCUGUUUUUAAAAUAUACACCAAAACAAAAAUACAUAAUUCAAUGCAUGCAUGUUUUCAUAGUGGGUGUACCUACUAAACGGAGAUUUUUAUUAUAUUUGGACAGUGUCCCUUUAAGUUCAGUAGUGGGAGGAUAUUAAUCUUUAGAAGCACUACCUUGGUCAAGUUCACAGCUGCUCUGGCCUAACAAGCCUCACACCAAAAGCCUGCUAAAGAUUUCCGCUCAUGUAUACCUCUUACUUUCAGGUCUGAUUAAAUUAUCCUGCUCCUGUCUCCACCUUUCAAACUAAUUUCAUAUCUUUGGGCCCGUAGCAAAACAAAUACACUAAUCUGUUUUGAUCAUCAGCAUGCAAGAAAUGUAUUUAAAUGCAUACUCUAGGCACUUCUUAUUGAGGUGGUCUGGCUGCAGUGUCUCUCUUGUUACCCCUGCAAUGGAAAACAUUGCAGUUUUUGAGAAAUGGCAUUCUUUACAUUAAUGGGUUAAAACUGCCUCUAGUUGCAGUCUCCCAGACAACCAUAGAUGGGCUUCCUGCAGUUAGCCGUGCAUGCGCAUUAGGUCCCUCCCCCCUCCAUUCACUGAUGGUGGAGGAGGAGCAUGUCAAACUUAUUUAUUUAACAUCCAAACCUUCGAAGCCAGCAACUACCUGGUACACACAUCAGGUUACAUUAUGAUAGCAGAAAUACAAGCGAUGUAUAUAGGGUCCCUCUCCUCCUGUCAAUCAUUUCUCCGCAUAGAGGUUUAAGCUAGGACUAAGUGACAAGAGAGCAGGAGAACCCUCCUACACUAACUUUCUGUGCAAUCAUUGUUCUAUAGGUCUGGAAUUCCACUUUAAAGCUAUGGCAGCAUAAGGAUUGGUAAAGUCAGUUACUGUAUCUGUGAUAGGCCACUGCAGAAGUUGCAAAAGCCUGACUAUUUGCAGCAAAUGCAGGGCUGUCAAAAGUAUGUAUUUUUUUGCAUUUACUUCUAAGGCAUUUAUCUUUAUUAAAGUAUGAAAAUGGAUACCUCCACACUGUUUCAAAACAAGUGCCACUUUAUAUCACUGAUUAAUGGAGUUUUCCUCAUGUUUUCAUGAAGUGUGUUCAACUCAAUGAAGUGGUUUUGGUGCAUAGAUCAAUCCUAUGCCACACUUCCUGUGUGGGUAUGUGGAUUAGAACUUUUGCUUAGAAUUAUUCUCCCUUUUGCAAAUGUAACAGCUUUAAUUUGUAGUACACUAUAUUCACACACACACAUUUUAUUUAAACAAAUUGUAACAGAACCGAGCUAAAGUAACAGUAAGGUAUAACACUCUAGUGAAAAGAAGGGGCAAACCAAAAUCAACCCUGGUACACCGGUUGGGGUCACUACCUCUG